AUGGAUCACCUGACUGCGCUCUUCCAGGAGAUGUGGCGUCAAGGUGAUGUCCCGCAAGAUUUCAAGGACGCAACCAUCGUGCAUCUCUACAAGCGAAAAGGGAACCGCCAAGUCUGCGACAAUCACCGCGGCAUCUCCCUGCUGAACCUCGGACGGAAGAUCUUCGCUCGCAUCCUUCUCAACCGCCUCAAUAACCAUCUGGAACAGGGCCUUCUGCCGGGAAGCCAAUGCGGCUUCCGUCGUCAUCGUGGGCCCACGGAUAUGAUCUUCGCCGCCCGUCAACUUCAGGAGAAGUGUCAGGAGAUGCGGACUCACCUGUACUCUACCUUCGUGGACCUGACGAAAGCCUUCGACACGGUGAAUCGUAAAGGACUGUGGAAAAUCAUGCAGAAAUUCGGCUGUCCGGAGCAAUUUACUCAGAUGAUGCGUCAGCUGCACGACGGUAUGAUGGCGCGAGUCACGGACAACGGAGCUGUCUCAGAGGCAUUCGCAGUGACCAACGGAGUGAAGCAGGGAUGCGUGCUGGCGCCUGCCCUCUUCAGUUUCAUGUUCGCUCUCAUGUUGAUGGACGCCUACUGCGACGAACGCCCCGGGAUCCGCAUCGCCUACAGGACCGACCAUCGCCUCGUCAUCUCGAAGAUGCGUAUUCGUCUACAGCCCCGCAGGAGACCACAAGGUAACCGACCCCACUGA